AGACAAAGGCCCAUGCCGCUGUCACAAGAGUUUCUUGAGCUUGGCAUGCCCUUUUUCUUGUUCAGCGCCUCGACGUGCUGCUCCUCGAGGUCCUCGGUAUCUUGGGUUAUCAACAGGCCGGUCAAUUGAUUUCAUUCCCCGUCUCUGCCCGCCUCCAGGAACUGCGGGGAAGCGCAAGAAUCAACCACAUCAGCGCGGGCGGGUGAGCAUCACUGCCGCCAGCAGCCCACCUCAAUCGAUCGACCCAGCACAGGCCCUUGCGUCAUUGCCCCAGCGCCGCACCACCACUGGCUGGCCUGUCGCCUGCCGUGCGCCCGCGACCCCAUAGCCUCGGUCUCGGCAACGCCUGUGAGCUCUGCCAGGUCGGUCCCACGCCAAUCCCGCCAGUAGCCAUCUCCUCCGCCGGGCCCUACCGUUGACUCAACCCGACCACCGACGCCGACGUCGCGCCCGCGACCCGACCUUGUCUGCACAGAGUGCACAAGCUGUUGCUGCUUUGCUCUGUUUUGCUUGUCUGGUCUCUUUAUUUUCUUUUAGUCUUCUGCAAAUCCUGGCUGGGGAUAUACCUCAUCCCACCUUGCCCUCCCACCCGCCAACUGGGCUGCCAGCUCUCUCGCCCACAAUGUCGUGGAGGAAAACGGAGAGGCUGAUGGAUACCAUCAGGCACUAUGCCAGCUUUCCAGCAACCGGCGUGAGCUUGCGGCAGAUGGUCCAGUUCGGCGAGAAGCCGUCAGUGGGCACGCUGUUCCGUGCCUCCCAGUUUCUCGCCGAGGAGCUUCCCAUCCGCCUGGCGCACCGCGUCCAGGAGCUAGACAGCUUGCCAGACGGCCUAAACGAGAUGCCGUCAGUGAAGCGCGUGCUGGACUGGUAUGCGCAGUCGUUCGAGGAAAUCACCAUUCUCCCAAGGCCAACGCUAGAGAAGCCUGUAAAAGAGAGACUGAUGAAGCCGGCGAGGACCAAGACGGCGCAAAUGCUGUCCGAGGCGACGCCGAACCCGAGUAUCGAGGAGGGCAUAUACAACUCACAACAUACACACAACCACAACGGAAACAGCGGGUGGGGCAAGAAGCCGGUGGCGGCGAGGAGAUACUUUGCUAUGGUGGACGACUACGGGGACUGGCCGCCCGAGCUGCAGCUGUACAACCAGAAAUUCGCGCAGACCCUACACAAGAUCAAGAGGCGGCACGACGGCGUGGUGACGACCAUGGCGCAGGGCAUCCUCGAGUACAAGCGGCAGCGGCAGCGCAUGCAGAUCGAUAACAACAUCCAGUCGUUUCUGGACCGCUUCUACAUGUCGCGCAUUGGCAUCCGCAUGCUGAUAGGCCAGCACAUUGCGCUGACGGACCAGAGCCACUAUCGCGACCCGACGUACGUGGGCAUCAUCUGCACAAAGACAAACGUGCGCGACCUCGCCCAAGAGGCCAUCGAGAACGCGCGCUUCGUGUGCGAGGACCACUACGGCCUGUUCGAGGCCCCGCGCGUGCAGCUCGUGUGCAACCCGGACCUCAACUUCAUGUACGUCCCCGGCCACCUGUCGCACAUGCUCUUUGAGACGCUCAAGAACUCGCUGCGCGCCGUGGUCGAGACGCACGGCCAGGACAAGCAGGAGUUCCCCGUCACAAAGGUCAUCGUGGCCGAGGGCAAGGAGGACAUCACCAUCAAGGUCACGGACGAGGGCGGCGGCAUCCCCAGGAGCGCCAUCCCGCUCGUCUGGACCUACAUGUACACCACGGUCGACCGCACCCCGAACCUGGACCCGGACUUUGACCAGAACGACUUCAAGGCGCCCAUGGCCGGGUUUGGUUAUGGCCUGCCCAUAUCGCGCCUGUAUGCGAGGUAUUUCGGUGGCGACCUGAAGUUGAUAUCCAUGGAAGGCUACGGCACGGACGUCUACCUCCACCUGAACCGCCUCUCCAGCUCGUCUGAACCUCUGCAAUAGCAAUUAGCAGUCAUGAGGGACCGCCCGUCCCAAGGAUUGACGCUUCCGUUGAGAUAUCGACUCCAAAAGCGGCUCAAGAGUCUAGAGGUCAUCGAGAGGAGGCAGGUCGGCGACGUGGAGAGCAUGGUCAACCGGCCCAGCAGUCCCUACUCUGCGCGGGACGAGAGUGAGCUGUGAGCUAUGAGCGAUGAGGUAUUGCUGGUUUGGAGAGGGCUGUAAGGCCAUGUGCACGCUGUCUGGGGCUUGGUUGGGUGGUAUGGGCGUUUCUUUGCCUGAAGACACGGAACGGAAUCUCGAUGGCUCCGUUGUUCUUUUCUUUUCCUUUCCCUUCUUCCUUAUUGGUCUACUGUCCGUAUUAUAUACUUAUAUUCAUUUCUUUAUCGUCAUAUCUUUUUUUUUAUUCGUUGCCCCCGAGCAAAGCCACGGGCGGCUGGGAUGGAUGGGAUCUACGCUCUUUUUGAUGUUCUUGUAUCUAUACGACAUGAGCAUAUCACGGGAAACCGGCGUCUUUUUUUUUUUAGGUUGGCGGAUUUCAUUGGAUUCCAUUUCGAAAUGAAGGGAAACGCAACAAAAAAAUCAGGCCCAAAGAUUGCUUUAGCGAGCAAAUUAGAGUUGUGAUGUUGUGUUUUAGCAGUGGUCUAGUCGGAUUGUGAUGUAACAGAUUCGAG